AAUGCUUGGAGCGAAGUCAGGACAGUGAGCGAGUGCCUGUGUCAAUUGACUCUGUUCUUGGUUUCCAACUAGAUUGCCGACCCCGAUCCGGACCAUCUGGUUCCACCAAGGUCUCUUCCCCGCCAAAGGCCAGCCAUGACCAUCACAACAACCUUACCUAGCUUCUGGAAACUCUCACCCAAUACACAAGAACAAUCCUGUAUACUCAACGGAAGCUGCGCUUGUCUUGAUCCAAUCAAAGAUGGUGUCUACAGGUCGAUCAAGUACCGUUCCCCCGCCUUCAACUUCAUCUCCCGCUCAUUCAGACUCUUUCAUACGACCCAGGCAGCCAAGCCUUGACCUGGAACGCGAUAUUCUAUCCACGCGUGGCCAGCGUCUUGCGGGCUUGAUACGGCGGCGCUCCUUAUCACUUCAUGACUCCGACGGCUUUGACGAGAGCGACCGAUGGGAUGAGUCAAUUGCUCCCCGAGAGCGUAUGGCCCGACCUGCCUUCGAACGCGCGAAGCGAUUGAUUGGCGACAGAAGCCCCUUUUAUCGAUGGCAAUCUUUCUACCGCCAUCCAGCCACUUUGCAAGGCUUGCCACAGCCGUUGUAUGUAGCCCCUUCUGCAUCUAACGUCUAUGGUUGGCGGUUGCUGAGCAUUCUUCAAGACGACAAUACUACGAACGCAACAAUGACCUCAUCUCACAAUACGCUUACAUCGACCGAUUGCUGGACUCGUCCUUGCCACACCGCUUGAUAGUCGAUUACCAUAAACCUUGCGGCUUGUUGGGACCGAUUUCUGCAUAUACCAACAAUGGCAGCAGCACACGGGAGUCCGAGCCGAACACCGUUCCUGAGAAUGGUUUGGACCCUA